AUGCAUCUUCCAUCUCUCCUCUCUGUCCUUUCCUUCUCCCUCGCAUCGCUUGCCGCCGCCAGCACCGUUGAGGAGCUUCCGAAUGGCCUGAAGAUUGAAAAAACCCACACUGUUGACUGCGAGCGACGCACGGCCAGAGGCGACAAUAUCAAGGUCCAUUACAAGGGCACACUCGCCGAAAGCGGCAAGAAGUUCGAUGCUAGCUAUGAUCGCGGCACCCCGUUGGGUUUCAUGGUGGGAACUGGGAUGGUUAUCCAGGGUUGGGACCAGGGCCUCCUCGAUAUGUGCGUUGGGGAUAAAAGGAAGUUGACGAUUCCUCCGGAGCUUGGGUAUGGAAACCGGGACAUGGGGCCAAUUCCAGCUGGAUCGACGCUCAUCUUCGAGACUGAACUGAUGGAGAUUGAGGACAAGAAGGAUGAACUUUGA